GUUCUGGGCAACCACCCAAUGGGCCCGUCUCGUCAGAGCCAUGGUAUGAAGCGAACCGAUGCAGGAAGAUGAAGCCGAAGAAGAUGCGGUUGCCUGCGACCACGACAGGCGCACAGCGAAAUUGAUCCAUCAUGGUGCCCCUACCGCUCUGGACCGCGCUGCUCGGCGCCGGGUCGCUUGCGGCCUCGGCCCUGCAGCUGCUGCCCCCACUGCCCCAGCCGACGGGGCUGACGAGGGGCUCCCCCUGGCGCGCCGGGGAGACGGAGCGGAAGAUCUACAUCGAGGAUGCCUUCGCGUCCCGGUCCGACGCCGACGGCCUGACGCUAAUACCGCCGACGGCCUACGAGUUCGCCGAGGUGUUCCGGCAGGACAUCAGCGAGCUCACGGGCGCCAACUGGACCCUGGAGCGGGUCGGUCGCCUGCCGGAGCUGGCCGACGCCAGCGGCGUCCUGCUCGGCGCCUUUACGGGCGGCGACACGCCCGACCGAGAGCCGCCGACCUACGAGGAUGGAGAAAAGACGUCCGAGGGCUACGAGUUUCGUGUAUCGGUCACGUCGGUAUUCAUCGGCGGCACCGGCGCCAGGGGCAUGUGGUGGGGGACGCGGACGCUCCUGCAGCUCGUGCUGGCGGCGACGGCGGCGGCGGGCAACGACAGCGACGCCGGGGCUGCGCAGCUGUCGGCGGGCUACCAGACGGUCGACGCGCCGGCGUACGCGACGCGCGGCUUCAUGCUCGACGCCGGGCGCAAGUGGUACGCGCCGUCGUUCCUCAAGGAGCUGUGCAGCUACGCCAGCUUCUUCAAGCUGAGCGAGUUCCACUACCACCUGAGCGACAACUACCCGCUCAACCGCGGCCGCAACGCGUCCUGGGCUGACGUAUACUCGCACUUCUCGCUGCUGCCGGAGCGCGACGCCGAGCUGCGCGGCAUGCUGCACGGGCGCGAGAACGAGACGCUGUCGCGGGCCGACUUUGAGGACGUGCAGCUCCACUGCGCGCGCAGGGGGGUGACGGUGGUGCCCGAGAUCGAGGCGCCGGGCCACUGCCUGUACCUCACAAAGUGGCGGCCCGAGCUGUCGCUGCCGCACAAGCGCGACCUGCUGAACCUGACGCACCCGGACACGGUGCCGGCCGUCAAGCGCGUCUGGGCCGAGUUCCUGCCGUGGUUUAAAACGAAACAAGUGCACGUGGGCGCCGACGAGUACGACGCGGCGCUGGCCGACGACUACAUCCGGUUCGUCAACGAGAUGACGCGCUGGGUGCGCGCGCAGACGGGCAACGGGACGCGGAUCCGGAUCUGGGGCACGCACGAGCCGUCCGAGAACCUCACAAUCUCCAAGGACGUGGUGGUGCAGCACUGGCAGUACGGGCAGUCGGACCCCAUGGAGCUGCUAGAGAGCGGGCACGACGUGGUCAACUCGCAAGAUUGGUGGGCCUACACCUCCAUCAAGAACGACCACAUGCCCAUCCUUCCGGCGAGGUACCCGCAGUUCUUCAACGAGGCGCGCGUGCUCGACUUUGCCGACCGCGAGGGCUGGCAGUGGACCCCGGCCGACUUUAACCCCUUCAACCAAACCAUGCAGGCGGCCCCGGGCGCCAAGGGGCUGCGCGGGUCGGUUCUGGCGGCGUGGAACGACAACGGGCCCGACGCGAGCACGCAGCUCGAGGCCUACUACUCGAUGCGCCGGGGGAUCCCGCUCGCCGGCGCCCGGGCGUGGUCCGGGGUUCGGGGCCCACGGCUCGACGCCGGGCUCGUCGCGCCGAGCAUUGACUUCUUCUCACCCGUCGCUCCAGGGCAGAACCUCGACCGCGUCGUCCGCAAACGUCGGCCUGGGGCUCCGGGCGAUGCGCCGCUCGUCUCGUGGUCGCGGGCCGCAGCGGACAGCGGCGCGGUUCGGCUCGGCCUAGGCAGCAAGGGCAUGAACUACACGCUGACACUCGAGGCGUUGGGCCCGUUCCGGCUUUCUGGGCCGGAUUGCAGCCUCAGCCUGGUCGCGCCCGGCGGGAGCGGCUCGUCCUCGCCACCCGACCUCUCUCUCGUCUUCGAGGCCGACGGCUGGCGGUACCCGCUGCGAUCCGUCGGGCGCUCCGACGCGCUCGAGCUGAACCCCGGCCACCCAGGGAGGAUCUGGGUCAACGCGUCCGGGUCCACGCACAAGGAGAUGGGCGGCAGCGGCGAGGGCGGGACGGGCGGCAUCCGGGUGCCGGCCAACAUCACGGUUGCGACGGACGCGCUGCACGGUAGCGUGGUCUGGGUGAACGGGGUGUUGGUGGGCCGGUUCGAGGUGUUUGUGUACGGCGGGCGGAACACGCAGUUUAGCUGGAGCCAGAUGGCGUUUGUGGCACCACUGGACGAGAUCGAGGGAGGGGUCCACGGGCUAGCGAGCUUGAGGCUGGAGGAAGGAUUCCGUAUUCCAGGCCAAGGUGGGGCACCAACUGGCACCAACCCACCGCCAGGUUCGUCGGCUGCAAGUAGGACGCUGGGUGGGUUCUGCUGGGCCGUCGUUGCGGCGGUGCUAAGCACGUUGACAUUUUUUAUGUUAUGAGAACUCUUCUAUCCCGGCAAAUAUGGAACGAAAGUUGGGCUAGGACAAGCCGAGUCUCUGUGCUAGCCGGGUCGAGCAACAACCUGUUUGUGAUGCUCAGGGCCGUUGGGCGGUUGGGUUGGACGACGUCAUCGAAACGUCAGCGUGGUGUCCCGACUGGCCCCGAUUCCUUACUCAUCCUCCACCACGGGAAUGGCCGGAAUGGCCGGAAAACAGAGAGGAAACGUCGAUAGAUGAUUGAGUUUGCGCAAUUUGACAUUAG